AGCCAUAAAUUCGGAUAUUCCAAACAAUACCAACUUCCCAAGUCAGUUUAUCACAUAAAUAAAUAAAGCUCAAGCUUUAACUUGCCUUACUUACUUUGGUCACUUUGUCCCAAAAUAAAUAAUACUCCGUAUCCAUUAUCUUCUCUGUUUCCUAUAUACUGGGACCAAGCUUUUCUUUGCUGAUAUUCAUCAAAGGAGUAGUUCUUCACCACCCCAUUUAAUUUGAGUGCCUAACAGACACGAGAACAGUAUCAAGAACAGAAUUAGUUCCUAUUGCCAUGGCUGGACCUGAUCAUCAUGCCGUGCCUGUUGGCCAAAAUGGGUUUAAAAAGAUAUUAGCUUCUGAAGGUAUUGAGUUCCUCACAUCUGCUAGUGGAAAGGUACUAUGGAGCGCUAUAGACGGGAAAACAGUCUGUCUAUUCUUCUCAGCCAACUGGUGCAGGCCUUGCAAAGCCUUUACCCCCAGUCUGAUACAAAUGUACAACUCUCUGAAGAAGACUGGAGAAAAUCUAGAGAUAGUAUUUGUAUCCUCUGACCGAGAUGAAGAAGCAUACACUAAGCAUCUUGAAACAAUGCCCUGGCUGGCUGUUCCAUUCAAUUUAAACCUCUGUACACGACUAACUCGUCUAUUCAACAUUAAUCUUAUCCCAGCACUGAUUCCUCUCAAUGUCAAUGGAAAUAUUGUUGAAGAUAAUGUUGUUAGUUUGGUUGAGGAUUAUGGUGCUGAUGCCUUUCCAUUUACAAGAGAAAGAAAAGAUGAAUUAAGAGCAAUGGAUGAAAGAAAGCGUCGAGGUGGUAGAAUCGAAGAGCUUUUGGCACAUGCUGGAAGGGACUAUCUCAUUUCGAGAAAUGGGAGAAAGAUACUGGUGUCAGAGCUGGUUGGUAAGACAAUAGGCUUGUAUUUUGGAGCUCAUUGGUGCCCUCCUGCUCGAAAUUUCACCUCACAACUUAUUCAGUCUUACAAGGAGCUUGUAACUAUCCUAAACCAACCAUUCGAAGUAAUCUUCAUAUCAACUGAUAGGGAUCACGAUGAAUUCAACUGCAGCUUAUCUUCCAUGCCAUGGCCUGCUAUUCCAUACGAAGAUAAAACCAGGCAAGACCUUAAAAGGAUUUUCGACAUAAAAGGUAUACCAACCCUUGUACUAAUUGGACCAGAUGGAAAAACCAUCAGCUCCAAUGGUAGGGCUAUGAUCUCCAUGUAUGGAGCCAUGGCAUUCCCAUUCACAGAACCACGAAUUGCAGGAAUCGAGGCCUCUCUAAGGAAAGAAGGAGAUAAAAUUCCCUAUAAAGUUCAAGACCCGAAGCACGUACAUGAGCUUAAAUUAGACAUGGAAAAGGCUUACGUUUGUGAUGCUUGCAAAAAGCAAGGAAGGUUUUGGUCUUUCUCCUGUGAUGUGUGCGACUAUGACCUUCAUCCAAAGUGUGUGGAAUAGGAUGAAUAAAAGAUAGCCUCUAUAGCCAAGAUACAACAUUAGACUAUUCGUACAUAAAUAAUUGUCACAAUCAUAUAUUCAUAUACGCACAGAGAUUCUCUGUGCAUAAACCUUCUAUACUAUUCUUUAUGGCAAAACUUUUGUAAUUCACAUAUUGACAAAAGAAUUUAGUAUUGA